AUGGCUCGUGGUAGUAGAAAGCAGCAGAUAAUUGGCCGCACUUGUCUGCUACCCAUCCUAGUCGCGAUCCUUUGUCCCACGGCCCAAGCUCUCGUGGGUCGUCCUGCACAGCAUCAUUUGUCCACACAUCAUUAUUUUGGUACCAGUGGACAACGGUAUCAUCAUUAUUCCCACCUGAUAUCCAAUGAUGCGAGAAGAAGAAGGAACGCUUUUGGGGUAGUGCUACAAGCAGAACGAGAAGUUGAAUAUCUAAAUUCAGAAUCUGAGGGAUUGGAGCAAAACAAUAACAAUGAUGAAGAUGGCGGCAAAGAAGAAGAUGAGGAGGACGAGGAGGAAAUGAUAUCAUCUGGAGAAGAUUACGGAAAACAAUCACUGCUGGAAAUUUACGCCCGCGAUCGAAAAUGGCUGGAAAAGGCCACCGACAUGAUCCUAGAUCACCCCCUGGGAGAAUUGACACCCGAUGAUAUUGACAACAUGACCACAUUAAUGGCGGCAUGGGUACAUCGACGAUCCGCCGAAGGAGCCAUUGCCGUCGAACGACUACUCAAACGCGUCGUGGACGACAUGAGAGCCGACAAUCCACAAAUUCAAGUCAAUCCGAGAAUGUACGAACUCGCCAUGGAUGCAUGGGCUAGAAGUGGAGCAUCGGGAUCGGCCGAACGAGCCCAACAAAUUCAUGAUAUCAUGGCACAGACGUAUGCCGAUACGGGGGAUCCCACCAUGCGGCCCACCACCAAUACGUACAAUAUUCUCAUUGCGGCCCAUGGUAAACGAGGGGAUGGACUCGAUCAGGCGGAAACUAUCUUGCAAGAAAUGAUCCAUUCCGGGACCAACACAAGUUGUUUUCCCGACACGUUUACCUUCAAUACACUCCUGGGGGCCUAUGCCAGAUCCAAUGACACACAGAGAGCCAUGGAACGAGCACCCGAACUAAUGGAAUUGAUGCAAGAGCUGGACAUUCCGCAAAAUGCUUAUACAUUUACGGCACUCCAAAAUGUGUAUGCCACAUCGGGACACUCUGAUUCGGCAGUCAAAGCCUUGCAGGUGCUCCAGACCAUGCUCUCCAUGUACGGGGAAGGCAAUGUACUGGCCAAACCUUCCAUUGCCAAUUACAAUGCCGUACUGACGGCGCUGUCACGCAGUCACCACAGCAAACAAUCGGCCGAAAUGGCCGCGGCCAUUCUCGAAAAAAUGGAGAGUGAAUGGGAUGUCCGACCGGAUCGCAUGAGUUAUGCCUUGACCAUUUUGGCAUGUGUGCGCUGCAGAGAAGAUUAUGGUAUUGAAAAGGCCGAAGAGCUCCUGCUCAAAAUGGAAGCGCGAGCAGAAGAAGAUGAACGAAAGAGACAGGAGGUUUCCAGUGCCGCACCGCCCAGUGUCGUGUUGGAUGCCGAAUGCUUCAAUGUCAUCUUGACAGCCUUGUCCAAGAGCGCGGCACCCAAUGCCACUGAACGAAGCAUUGCCAUUAUGGAACGUAUGAAACAACAUGCAGCAGCGGGACACGAUGGGAUCAUGCCCACCAUCCGAUCUUGGAAUGCCCUGCUCAAUACCAUAUCGCGAUCCAAAGCCGACAAUGCUGGCCACAAAGCAGAACAAAUAGUGAAACACAUGCUUGAAUCGUACAAGAAUGGGAUGCCCAAUGUUCAGCCAAAUGCAUACAGUUUCACAGCUGUGUUACAUGGAUUCCAAAGGUCCCGUGACCGCAAUGCAGUCCAUCGCGCCGAUGAAGUGCUUCGAUGGAUGGAACGGCUCUACGAGGAUAAAGAAAUCCAGGACCCACCAGACGUAUUUCACUACACCAUCGUUUGUAAUCUCUGGUACCGAUCCAACUUGCCGGAGUCACCAAAACGAGUUAUGCAAAUCUUGGGGCAUAUGACGCAAAGAGCCAAGCAAGGGUUCCCUGAAGCAAAACCCAACGUAAAGACGUAUCGAACCAUACUCCAGUGCUUGGCGAAAAGUGGGAGACCGGGGGAAGCAGAGGGGCUGCUGGACAGUCUCAUUCGCUUAGAAGAACGAGGAGACGAACGGUACCUUGAUGAAUACACCUUCAAUUCACUCAUUAGCGCGUUGUGCAGGAGCAAAACAAAAGGUGGUGGCAAACGAGCCGAGGCAAUAUUGGAGAGAAUGCUGGACUACAGUGAGGACCGACCAGAUUGCAAGCCAGACAUUCGCAGCUUUACCAAUAUCAUACUGCACUACAAAAUCAGUACUCUCCCGGACGCUCCUUACAAAGCCGAGUAUCUGCUCAACCGAAUGGUGUCACUUUUCAAAUCAGGAUACUUUCCCGAUAGUCAACCCGACAACUUUGCCUUUGAAACGACAAUGAACGCCUAUUCCAGUGCCAAACACAAAGAUUCUGGAAUCACUGCGGAGCGCAUGCUCAAGCAAAUGAAAGACUUGCGCGAAAACUAUGGUCUCUCCAACAAUCUGCUUAUUGACGGUAGUAUCAUGAGAGCCGUCCUGUUUGCAUGGAGUGUUUCCGGAGACGAAGAUGCCGGACGUCGUGCCGAGUACCACCUAGAUUACAUGGAACGAAAGUACGCGGCAGGCCAGCGAGACCUCAAACCCGAUACCCGUUGCUACCGACUGGUCUUGAACGCGUGGGCCAAGUCGGAUAGCUUUGAAAAGGCUCGACGAGCUUUGGGUGUCUUGAAACGAAUGGAGGAUCAAAUGGCCAAAGGCAACGAUGCGGUACAUCCCAAUGUCGUUUGCCAUUCCUGUGUCAUUAACAGCUGUGCCUUUACCAAGUCGAGCGAAGAAGUGGAAACCGAGGCCUUUCGCAUUGCCGUGACUGUCUUGGACAAAAUGUUGGCCUCGAAGGAUUGCCAACCUUCCUCCCUGACGUAUGGAUGGUUCAUUCAGGCAUGCGGGAGACUGCGAGCAUCGCAGGACUUGAAGGAAGAGCAGGUUACACGAGCCUGGAAGUUAUGUUGUGAGAAGGGACUGGUCGAUGGAUUUGUGAUCCAGCGAAUGACAGGAGCCACGUCGGAACGCCUGUAUAGAGAGCUGCUGGGGCCUGUUUUGGAGAAGCUAGACAGUGUAAACCCCAAUGCUACAACAAAGGAGGAACUGAAGCACCUGGUGACCAUCUCCAGCUUGCCCUCGGAAUGGACAAGGAAUUGUAAUCAAGAUGAUGAACGGGAGAAGCAUUUUCCAUGGCUUUCUAAUAGGCUUUCUAAUAGAACCACAAAUUUCUAA